CAUACAAAACCCCAGUGAUAUCCAAGAUUACUUCUUUACGUCAGUGUUAAAAUGGCGCUCAAGAGCAGUGCGUGUGUGUUUCGGUUGAAUAGCCUGCGACAAGCUGUUAGGCUUUUAUCAACGCACACAAGGCCUGAAGUUGUUCAGAAUGGAAAAACCGGAGAUUUUCCCGGAGCAAAGGCCCCAUUCGUAAAUGAAAUAAAAUUCUUGAACGAGAACAGCUAUGAUCCCAUCCCUAUUUAUCGAGUGCUUGAUAACAAUGGCGAGGUUGUCGAUAGUAGAGAAGAGCCGAAUAUCGAUAAUGAGACCCUCGUCAAAAUGUAUAAAACUAUGGUACAGAUGAAUCAAAUGGACAAAAUAUUGUACGAGUCUCAAAGGCAAGGCCGCAUAUCCUUCUACAUGACCAACUACGGCGAAGAAAGUAUUCACUUGGGCAGUGCUGCGGCGCUUGCCCCACAGGACCUGAUCUUCGCACAAUACCGCGAGUUGGGAGUGUUGUUGUACCGAGGCCUUACUGUCACUGACCUCGUCAACCAGUGCUUCGGGAACUGCGAAGACGCCGGCUUGGGGAGACAGAUGCCGGUGCAUUACAUGAGCAAGCCUCAUAACAUUGUCACCAUAUCCAGUCCUUUAGCCACUCAAAUGCCGCAAGCGGUGGGCGCUGCGUACGCCUUCAAGCGCAUGCCCAACAACGACCGCUGCGUCAUCUGCUACUUCGGCGAGGGCGCCGCAUCCGAGGGCGAUGCACACGCAGCGUUCAACUUCGCUGCGACCUUGGACUGCCCUGUAAUUCUCUUGUGCAGAAACAACGGUUAUGCAAUAUCGACGCCAUCCCGCGAGCAGUACCGUGGGGAUGGUAUCGCGGCGCGAGGCCCAGCGCUGGGCAUAAACACGCUGCGAGUGGAUGGAACUGACACAUUGGCUGUCUACAACGCUGUUGCUAAAGCAAGGGAGCUAGCCCUCAAGGAAAAUAAGCCCGUACUUAUUGAAGCUAUGUCAUACAGAGUUGGGCAUCAUUCUACAUCAGACGACAGCACAGCUUACAGAUCUGUUGAAGAAAUAGAAAACUGGAAUAAAGAUCAAAAUCCUAUACAAAAGUUCAAAUUGUACUUAGAAAGAAAAGGACUUUGGGAUGUGGAGUCUGACAACGCGCAGCAGAAGGAGGCCAGGAACGUGGUAGUGAAGACGAUGCAGGAAGCAGAGAAAAAGAAGCUGCCGCACUGGCGGGAGAUGCUGGAGGACGUCUACUGCGAGAUGCCGCCAAGGAUACAGAAACAAAUGAAGCAAAUGGAAGAUCAUCUGAAAAAAUACGGUGAACAUUACCCAUUAAACCAGCACCAAAGUGAUUAAUUUUAAUUGUAUUUUUUGAAAAUAUAAAUACGAUUUGUUAUUUAAUUAAAUAAAUAUUAUUUUUCUCUUA